UGACUGGCUUUUAUGAUAUUCAAAAACUUCUCCAGCAAAACUCAAACUAUUGUUGCUGUUGUUUCAGCCAAUAACGUUGAAGCAACUCUCCCUUUAGCCAAUGAGCGUGUCGCCAGCGCGCAGGGCGGAGCCUCAGAGACUCGUGCGGGAGAGAGAGAGAGAGACGGAAGAGAAAAUAAAACUCAAACUGCCGAAAGGAAAGAGAAGUUAUUAGCAGAGUCGCUGUUCUGUCAAUAAAAUAACUUAAUGGCCUUAUUACAAACAGAUCCGAACCGCCAAAGGAACGGACUAACCAACGCUCUUCAAAGUGGCGUGAGAAAAGCCUGUCCCGUGUAUAACCCCGCGAGCGCGCAGCCGAGGGACCCGGAGCCGGAGCUCAGCACACACGGGCUCCCGAAAGCGUUCCUUCACAGCCUGAGAACCCUAUUCGACAUCCUCGACGACGGAGGCCGGGGGUUCGUCCAGCUGUCGGAGAUCGAGAGCCGGUGGCGCGGCGCGGAGGAGCGCGAUGUCCCCGCGGGGGUUCUGGAGGGUCUGAGGCGGGUCGCGUCGCGGCACGGGCGCCUGAGCUUCGAGCGCUUCGUCGCGGGACUCCGAUACUCGAUGUUCAACCCCGAAAACAGCAGCAAAACUCAGGCUAAUAACCCCCGUCAGCAGCAGAACCCGCCGGAGAGAUCCAGAACCGGGACCGGGCGGCCGCUGGAGUGCAGAGUUCGGCCGCUCGGACCGAGUAACGGAACAAACGCAGUCCACACUCGGAACAGACCCGACAAACACAGCUAUUCUUCCCGUUACUCGGUCAGAUCCGAUCCGGUCCACAGCGAACAUCACGGCCGAUCCACGGAACCCGCUUCGGAAUCUCCCGAUGGACUAAACACAGGUGUGUGUGUGUUUGUGUGUUCUGGGUCAGUCGAGAGCCUGGUUCUGCUGCGCUCACACAGCGAGUCGAUGACGGGCUUCGCGAGCUCGCGGCGGCACACGGGAGACCAGCGGCGCCGGCACACCAUCACGAGCGGAGUGGAUUACGGGAUGCUGAAGCAGAUGAAGGAGCUGGAGCAGGAGAAGGACUCUCUGCUGGCCGGCCUGGAUGUGUUGGAGCGAGCCAGAGAAUGGUACCAGACCCAGAUCCACAACAUCACUGAGACCCAGAGACUCGUGGGCCAGAGCCGCCACUCCACCGAGUUUUUGGGUGAAUCUUGUCAAAGUCGAAUAGAUGUUCUUCUGCCAAAACUGCAGGAAAUCACGCGCUGCCUCAGUGAUUUAAUUUCCUUUUCUGGGAAGACGGUCUCGUCCUCGGACUCGCUGUCGGCCGGCGUCUCGUCCAGCACUGCUCCUCCUCAGGCCAUACACACACUGAAGGAGCACAACCGCUUGCUCACACAGGAAGUGACAGAGAAGAGCGAGCGCAUCACUCAGCUGGAGCAAGAGAAAUCUGCGCUGAUCAAGCAGCUGUUUGAAGCUCGCGCUCGCAACGCUCACGACAGCAGCGCACUCGACUCCACCUUCAUCUGACCAUCAUCAUCAUCACUCCAGAGACCAGCCCAACACCACUGUUCACUUUGAGCCCAAUCACGCUUUCAUCUGAGGCAGAGUUUACAUGUUUUUCAGUGCGAUUUGAACACAAUAAUGCCAGAGAAGCACCAGCGCAGUCUAUACCAACCCCUUCAGCUGGAGCUCCUCCAUCUCAGCUGAGACUACAUGCGCAAAUACAAGAAAUAAGCAGAACAAUAAACUGGAUUCCAGCGCAGGGCGGUCAGAUGGCAUGAAUAAACACGUCGGUGCAGAGGCUGCUUUUAAAGUUCACUACACGUUUCUUCUGGACAGUCUGUGUGAAUGGAGCUUUUAUCUGAGCAGUCGAUCCGUGAGAUCAACGGUUUGGUGCAGAUCUUUCUUUUAGUUAGGUUUUUCAGUUGUGGUGCUUUGAUUAGCGUGCUGUCUUUUCAGAAAAAGUUGCAUUUGUAAAGUUCCUCUCCUCCAUCCACACACAUGCAGACGUCUUUGGCUGUUUUUGAGCAUCUCGCCAUAAGCUUUGCUGUUAAAGAUGGCAUGGAAAGUUAAAAAGACUUCUGAAAGGUUGCAAUGUAACAGAAGUAGCAGCAGAUCUUUUCUUCUGUAUUGUGCCUUACAUCUGAAUGAAACUGAUUAUGGAAAUCAUUAUGGAAUUAUGCAUUAUGGAAACGGAAAAGAAGAAAUGUAGGGCGGGGCUUGGUUCUGUCCAGCAGUUGCUGAUUGGAUGGAGGCGGGUCUGAAUGUAAGGGGCGGGGUUUAAUCGCACUGAAUGAUUGGAGA